AUGGGAGCUUGUUGUACAAAAGAUAACCUGUAUGGAGGCUACACGACCUAUGAUAAAGAUGAUAGGGAUUCCAAUGGUGAUGAUGGAGAAGAGGUUCGACGUGGUGAAGAUGGCGCCACCGUUCGGUUACGUGGAUCCUCUGCGUUCACAUCGAUGUUUACUCAACGAGGAAGAAAAGGAAUCAAUCAAGAUGCAAUGACAGUUUGGGAGGAUUUCUCAGGGGAGAAAGAUUUGAUGUUUUGUGGAGUUUUUGAUGGUCAUGGCCCAUCUGGUCAUAGGGUUGCUCGCCAUGCACGAGACAUUCUACCCACGAAGCUCUCCACAGCUAUCAAGAAGCAGCUAUAUGAACCUGAAAAUGGGGUGGUUUCUGAAGCUUGUGUUGAACCAGAUAACAAUGGUGGAAAACAACGAAACCGGUUGGUUUCGAAAUGGGAAGCUGCUCUUGAAGAAUCUUUCAAAGAAGUUGAUCAAGAACUCAGCUUGGAUUCAUCUAUUGAUUGUUUCUGUAGUGGAACAACAGCCGUGACCAUUAUCAAACAGGUGAAUUUCCUUGAAAAUAACAUCCUAUAUUUUCCAAUUUUUAUCCAAUCCCUUGACCAUUUUGAUCAUCAGGGAGAGCAUUUGGUGGUUGCAAGCGUAGGUGACUCCCGGGCGGUUCUCUGCACCAGAGGAGACAAGCAUCAACUUAUUCCUAUUCAAUUAACAGUUGACCAGAAACCAAAUAUUCCAUGCGAAGCAGAAAGAAUAAAGAAUCGCCAAGGCAGAAUCAUAGCAGAAAAAGAAGAGCCAGAUAUAUACAGAGUAUGGGUACCAGAUGGAAAUUAUCCAGGUCUCGCCAUGUCAAGAUCCUUGGGAGAUUUUUGCCUCAAAGAUUACGGUCUCAUUUCAACUCCUCAAGUUUCCUACAGAAAACUAACAAGAAAAGACGAGUUCAUCGUUCUAGCAACAGAUGGGAUAUGGGAUGUAUUGACAAACAAUCAAGUGAUCAACAUAGUUGCUUCAGUAAGGAACAGAUCCAUGGCAGCUAAAUUAGUAGUGAAACUAGCAGUUAGUGAAUGGAAACGGCGAUUUCCAGGGUCAUUGAUCGACGACUGUGCAGCGAUUUGUUUGUUCUUCAAGAACCCACCAUUAUUAACGAAAUCAAUGACGAGUGUGGGAAGGAGGAACGUGAGAAGCCAUCCAGAACUUGCAGUUUCAAGAAGUUGUAGAUCAGUGGGGGUUGAUAGAAAAAGAGGAGUAAGAGAAGAAGAAGUUGAAGGUGGGUCUAUGAAAAGAGAAUGUUCAAAGGAAGAACGGACAAAGGAAGAACGGAAAGGUGUACAAGGGCUAAGAAGAGCAAAUUCACUGACGAGAGCUACUCGAUUUACGAAAACUUUGAGCCAUAAUCAGAGAACGGAGAAGUUUUAUCAUGAAGUUGAGUCACGUUAAAGUACUGUUCGAUGAAAGUCCUCACAGGCCCUAUGGGAAUGAAAGUGGCAAAACCAAAGAAGCCACAAGAAGAAGAAUCAAACCUCUCUUCUUUUGUGUUUCUUUUUCUUUCAUAAAUUCUUGUUUUGUUUGUUGGUUUGUUGGUAAAUCAGAAGAGUUUAGAAGAACCAAAAUUAUUGGCACUCUUCCCAUGAUAUAUGUAUACAUAUAUAUAUAUAUAUAUAAUUCUUUUUCUUUUGAGCUUAUGUUAUGUUGAAAUAAUGUAAAUUUCAACUUUAUAUGUUAUACAUAAUUCUUUUA